CGUACUCCGCCGUGGUGGCGCACGCGGCCGCGUUCCUCGCGGAGCUCAUCGCCGACCCGCUCCUCCGGCGCCACCUCCUCUCCGCGGCCGCCGCCGCGGACGGCGGCGGCGGGCAGCAGCACUCGGCCGCCACGCUCCAGGCGCUCUCCCUCAUCUCCGACGCGCUCGACAUGUCGUCCGCCUCCGGCUCGCCGUCCCCGUCCUCGCUCCGCGCCGCCGAGCGUCUCCUGCAGUCCCUGCCCGCGGCAACGCCGCUCUCCUGCCUCCUCCUCGCGCUCGCGUCCGGCGCGCGCCGAGCCGGAGGACGCGCCUCGGCGGCAUCGGCAGCAUCUGCCGUUCUCGACCUCUUCGUCCUGGACCCGGCCCUGGCGCGCCACGAGCUCGCGCCGGCCGCCUUCGAGGCGCUCUUCGCGCCGCGGCUGCUCCCCGUCAUGCGCCACUUCGCCACGCGCCGCGCGUCCGCCGCCGUGGCUUCCGCCGCGGCGCAGGACGAAGGCGAGAACGGGUCGGACGAGACGGUUGCGUUGUCGGCCAUGCGGGUGCUGUCGCUGAUGAGCGGCGCCCAGGCGCAGGAGAUGCGGGGCCUGGAGCGCGAGUACGAGAUGGUGCUCGACGCCAACUGCAGGGCCUACGCGCUCUACCUCAAGAAGAUUCUCGAAGCCGGCGACGUUGCCAGGUCGUCGUCGCCGCCGUCUCCUCCAGAGCUCGUGUUCACCGUCGGGCACGGCGGCGACCAGAGCGCCGGCUACGAGGACGCCUCGGCGGACAGCGACGACGACGGGGCAGUCCAGAGCGGCGUACGGAACAAUCCGAUGUGGGCGGAGGCGGAGGGCGACCUGUACCCGCGGCAAGGCAGCGGCAGGCUGCAGGGGCGGAGGGAGCUGAUGAGGCCGCCGAGCCUGUACCCGCAGCGCGUGGCGCCGCACCUCAUCGUGCUGCAACAGCAGCAGCAGAAGCAAACGCCGCGGGUCGGCAGAGGGAGCCCGGCGUCCAGACUCCGGGCGGAGCUCUCGCCGGCAACGCCUUCCUCCGACGACAGCACGGAGGAUUCUUCCUCCGAGCUGCUCUACGCCGGCAAACAGGUGGAAAAGCACCCGGCGUCGCCACUGUCCAAGCCACGCAGAGCGCCGCCACGCGGCGACGAGUACGGCGCCGGCGGCCGGGCCCGCCUCUCUCCGGAGUCCUCGAGCUCCCCGAUGGGUGGCGGCGACGCCGACCAGGCGCGGCAGCAUCAUCAGCAGCAGGCGGCAUCGACGCCCAAGGACUUCGUGUGCCCGAUCACGAGCCAGGUGUUCGACGACCCCGUGACGCUCGAGACCGGGCAGACCUACGAGCGGCGCGCCAUCCAGGAGUGGCUGGACCGCGGCAACGCCACCUGCCCCAUCACCCGCCAGCGCCUCCUCGGCGGCGCCCUCCCCAAGACCAACUACGUCCUCAAGCGCCUCAUCGCCGGCUGGCGCGACCAGAUCACCAGCAGCAGCCCGCCGCAGCCCGCCACGCCGCGGCCCAGCAGGCCCGUGACGAGGAUGGAAUCCGCCCAGGGCCCGGCCCAGGACCACCCGGCCCCGGCGUCCCCCGUCAAGAUCAACUCGCCGUCCCCGGACGCCACGGGCAGCCAGGCGAGCGCGCCUUCGCCGACCAGCGUGAUCGUGCAGGCGUCCGUGGAGAGCGCCGUGGGCGAGCUCCGCGCCGCCGUGUCCUGCCUCUGCACGUCCGAGGACCUGGCGGAGUCGGAGAAGUCGGUGCUCAAGAUCGACCGGCUCUGGCGCCGCGAGUCCGCCAUGGGCGCCGGCGCGGCCGAGCAGAAGCAGCACGCCUUCUUCUCCGUGCUGGCGAAGCCCGCGGUGAUCAACGGCUUCGUGGAGAUCCUCUUCAACUCCGUGAGCGCGCAGGUGCUGCAGGUGGCCGUGUUCCUGCUGGCCGAGCUGGCGUCCCGCGACGACGGCGUCGUGCAGACGCUCACCAGGGUGGACGCCGACGUGGACUGCCUCGUGGCGCUCUUCAAGAAGGGGCUCCUCGAGGCCGUCGUGCUCAUCUACCUCCUCUCCCCCUCCGUGGAGCAGCUCGUCGAGAUGGACAUGGCGGACGCGCUCGUGUCCGCGGUCCGGCGAGGCGACGAGGACCCGCUGGACAUGUGCGUCAAGCCCAAGGCCGCGUCCGUCAUCCUCCUCAGCCAGAUCCUGUCGGAAGAGGCCGCUGGCGACAGGGACAGCUCGCAGCCCGUGCCGAGGUCUGCGCUGGUGUCCGAGAGGUUCGUGAGGAGCACGGUCAUGGUGUUGGAGGCCGAGCAGGUCGAGGUCAGGGUGGCCGCCAUGAGGAUCCUGCUCCGGUGCGUCGCGGAGGACGGACACUGCCGGGGCAGCAUCGUCGAGAAGCUGUCGCUGGGCGCCGUCCUCGACGCCUUCCACGUCGUCGGCGACGCCGACAAGUUCGACAUCGUGCGGUUCCUCUCUGAACUUGUCAAGCUCAAAAGGCGAUCGGCGGCGGAGCGUGUUCUUCGGGCGAUCAAAGAGGGGGGAUCCUUCAGCAUGAUGCACACGCUCCUCGUGUAUCUGCAGUCCACGACGCCGGAGCAGAGCCCCGUCGUCGCAGGGCUUCUUCUCCAGCUCGAUCUCUUGGUGGAGCCGAGGAAGAUCAGCAUGUACCGGGAGGAGGCGGUGGACAGCCUCGUCCAGUGCCUCAGGAACUCGGAUUUCCCGAGAAGCCAGCUCCUGGCCGCCGAGACCAUCAUGAACCUCCCGGGAAAAUUCUCAUCAUCCGGCCGUCCCCUCGCCCGUUCUUCCCUGCUGAAGCUCGCCAGGGUGAAGGAGAGAUACCGCCAGCCGCAAUCGCAGUCCCAGUCGCAGGAGCUGAGCGUCGUUCGCGGCACCGACGGCGUCGGCGUCGGCGGAGAGGACGAGGUGGUGGUGGCAGGGGAAGACAAGGGCGCGUCGGAGUGGGAGCGGAAGACGGCGUACGCGCUGGUGGGGCACGAGUUCGGGCUGGUGUUCGAGGCCCUGUCCGAGUGCCUGGAGAGCAAGAGCGCCGAGCUGUUCGGGGCCAGCCUCGUGUGCGCCGCCUGGCUCGCCCACAUGCUCCCCGUCCUCCCCGAUACCGGCGUCGUCGGCGCCGCGCGGGCGUGUCUGCUCCGGCAGCUCGUCAUCGUCCUCAGGUCCGCCAAGCACGGCAGCGACAGGGCCCUCGCCAUGGUCGCGCUCAGGAGCUUCAUGAACGACCGCGAUGGAAUGCAAGACAUCGCGACGUACAUCAAGGACGUGCUCAAGACGCUGAGAGAGCUGAAGAAAUCGUCCGGGCUCGCCUUCGACAUGCUGAAGCUGCUGUCAGACGGCCAGGAAUCUAGCAUUGACAUGUGGAACCAUAAGGAGCUUAACCACGCCGACUGCAGCUCGAACGGCGAGGUCACGUCGAUCGUCUACUUCAAGAGCUACAUCUUCUCCGGCCACUCCGAUGGAACACUAAAGGUGUGGGAGGGAAGUGAGAACAUCCUCCGUCUCGUCCACGAAUCCCAGGAGCACACCAAGGCGAUCAGCAGCCUGUCGCUGCUACAUUCGGAGGAGAAGCUCUAUAGCGGAUCACUCGACAGAACCAUAAGGGUGUGGCAGUUCCGGGACGGGCUGCGGUGCGUGGAGGUGCACGACACGAGGGACCCGGUGCAGGGCCUGGCCGUGGCCGGAGCCAUGGCGUGCUUCGUGCCGCAGGGCGGCGGCGUGAAGGCGCUGAGCUGGAGCGGCGGCUCCAAGGUCCUGAACCCGAGCAAGUCCGUGCGGUCCAUGGCGCUGGUGCACGGCAAGCUCUUCUGCGGCUGCAGCGACGGCAGCAUCCAGGAGAUCGACCUGGCCAGCGGCACCCUGGGCGUCAUCCAGACCGGGAACAAGAGGAUCCUCGGCAAGGCCAACCCGGUCUACUCCAUGCAGGUCCACGACGGCCUCCUCUACGCCGGCAGCACCCCCCUCGACGGCGCCUCCGUCAAGAUAUGGAACAGCUCGAACUACAGCCUGGUCGGCUCGAUACCGUCGCCGGCGGAGGCGCGGUCGCUGGUGGUGAGCGCGGACCUGGUGUACCUGGGCUCGAGGAACGGCGCCGUGGAGAUCUGGUCGAGGGAGAAGCUCAUCAAGAUCGGCACCCUCCAGGCCGGCGGCACCGGCUGCCGGGUGCAGUGCAUGGCGGUGGACGCCGACGGCGACGUCCUCGUCGUCGGAACGUCUGACGGCAGAAUUCAGGCCUGGGGAUUGACUUGAGGAGACAUAUUACUGGGUACGUGGAGGGAGAUGAAUGAAUUAGUGUGGUCUUUCUUUGUGCAGGAUGGUGAAUAAAAUGGGGAUAUAUACAGAUGACAUACUUGUAAAUUGAAUACUAUUAUUUUUGGCACGGUUGACGUGCCAGGUGUACAAAAUGGCUUCAUUUGCAAAGCAGAUGUGGUGCACCCAUACUCAUCAUCUACACCGGCCUCUCAUGGGUUUUAGUAAACUACAGAGUUUUCAA